ACAUCCUCUCUCUCUCUCCUUUCUCUCUCUACAUCUCCGAGUUGACUCGCCGGAGCACGGCCGCGCCAUGGGAGUCCCCGCCUUCUACCGGUGGCUCGCCGAUCGGUACCCGAGCUCGAUCGCCGACGUCGUCGAGGACGAGCCGGCCGAUCGACCCCUCAAGGCCCAAACCCUAACGGAAUAAAGUUCGACAACCUGUACCGCGACAUGAACGGGAUCAUCCAUCCGUGCUUUCACCCCGACGGCAUGGGUGCUAUCAAUUUACUGGUGAUGGUUUAUAGGAGGGGGUUCACUGCCAUGGGAGGUUACCUUACUGAAGCAGGCGAGGUCAUGUUAGACAGAGUAGAACAUUUUAUCCACUCUGUUGCUGUCUACGAAUAUCAAAAUUUUCAGAAGCAGGCUCGCAUACAGCAGGCAUUGGAGAAUAAUGAAGAAAUGAGAUCUAGAUCAAGAAGAGUCAUCAGAAGAAUUACAAAGUCCAGUUGUUGACAAGGUUAGAUUAAGGGAGCCUGGAUACAAGGAAAGGUAUUAUGCAGAGAAAUUUCAUGUGUCAACUCCUGAGGAGAUAGAGAGAGUUAAGAAGGAAACGGUAAUUUUUUUCUUUGUAUCUUGAA